AUGGAUUCUCACGACCGUCUCGUUGAUCUAUGUGAAAACUGGACGUGGUAUCCGUGUAAUCUCCUGAGACCUUUGCAACUAAGCAGCAUCCUAGAGCGCUACCGCCUGUGGCUUAAAAAUGACGAGAAGCGGCUUUUUGACCCCACAGCCGAGGACAUAGCUCUCCUUGAGCUCAGGGAUGGCGAUGAUGUCUAUCGGCAAGAGAACUUUCGACACUACAGUGAUCUGAGGAAACACUUACGGGUCAAUCGAAAAGACCCGAAAACGCGCUUCUUUUUCAUCCAAGCGGCGCACUCCCGUGCCGAACUAAGCUGCUCGCGCGACAGCUUUUCUUACCUCUGUUGUUUCCACCAAGUCGACCCAAAAUUCUUGGACUUUGUGUCCUCAUUCGGUUCUACAGAUGAGCCGCUCGACUACCACAUGACGGGAUUCAUCAGCCACAUUACGAUGGCUUCAGGGGGAGAACGGUUGCUAGACAUCCCGAAGCUUGGACGUUCAGGCCGAGAGCUUCGUGUGCAGUAUCUUCUGCGAUCACUGGAGCGGGACAUUAACCUUGACGCCACAACCACAUACAAUGUUCGGCAGAUGGCUGUCUACCACGCAUUCGACCUUGGCAGUGGCAAGGCGCUUUGGAUCAACAUCAAAGCAAACGGACUAAUGGAGGAUAGAAUCAAACAAGCAUCAACUGAAUUCCCGACCCUGGGAUCCGAUGCUAUGGGUAAUCUAACAGGAUGUUUUAUGGCAACUCUGACUGCCCACAUGAUCCACUUGGAAUGGUGUGACGAGGACUGGCGAGAGUGUAUCAAUGAUAUCGAAGCUAAGAUCCGCAGUGUCCUGACGAAAGCUCAGACUGCCCGAAUUGAUCGUCGUCCGAAAGGUGUGCGACGAGCCUUCACACAAGCAUCCACACUGUGCGCUUCCAGGACUUCAACAGGCGACUUCCCCGAGAAGAUGUUGCCGAUAACCUCAAGGCUAAAAAAGAGGAUAUGGGACGCCAUCGUUCGACCGAAAUCGUAUGGUGGUGCAACCGAUAAUCUAAGUGCUCUUCCAUCCCAGUCAAUGUCUCAACUGCUGAGGGAGACCAAAACAAACGAUAAGGAUCAAGUUGAUCGUCUCAUGGUUCUUGACACCUUCUCUUUUGAGGAGGUGCAACAGCUGCACUACUUUGGUGAGCUAUUGGAACGUUUUCGCUUGGUUCUGGAUCUCAACGACCAAACGUUACGCGAUAUUGCAGAGACCUACCAAGGUUUGCAGGAUCGGGAUGAGUUUCCCAGUGAAAUAAAGCAGAGUAAUGACUGCAAAAGACAGCUUGCCUCUUUUAUUCGAGGCAUUCAUCGCAUCAGAAAGAAUCUGCAAGUUCGAAGCACCCAGGUAAAAUCGUUGAUGGCGUGGCUGCACGAGGGCAAGGCGCUGUUUGAUGGUAUCCUGCAGUACAGAAAUGUCCAGAUCGGCCGUAUCUUCACCGAGAGUUCUGAAGUGCAAUCCGAGAAGAUGGAAGGUAUCGCCGUCAAAACUGAGAAGGAGACCAUCUCUAUGCACGUCAUUACAUGCGUGACACUUGCGUUCCUUCCCGCCAUGUUUGUGGCUGCAUUCUUCCAAAGUGGGUUGAUCGAGAUAAACGAGAAGGCGACAAAUGUUAGCGAUGCGGUAGACUUUCACAAGUUCGCCUUUGGACUCUUCAUGUCCAUAUGCCUCCCUUUGAUGGUCCUAACCUUUAUCCUAUGGUUCAUUCUUUUCAGGUGUCUGUCAAGGCGAGAUCGCAGGCAGGGUAGAUUUGACAAGGUGUGA